UCAAAUAGCGAAGCCCGAUAGGUUGUCCCCUCCCAAAGAUUUUUGGUUUGACUUGAAUCCUCUCGUUUUGUUCAUUAAUCCAGUAGAACGUGAAGCUUGUUUCUUACUUUGAGAAAUUGAAAUGCAGUAGUGCUAGUUAUAAAGAUGGGACCUUUUCUGAAUUUGAUACUAUGCCAAAUCCUUCUUUCAUUACUUAUCUGUCUUGACUCAACUCAGGCCACUUUUGAUCCACAAAGCUAUAGAGAACAGAUUCUAAGCCUAUCACAACAAGAUAAAGACUGGUUAAUAACCAUUAGAAGACAGAUCCAUGAGAACCCAGAACUUAGAUUUGAAGAAUACAACACUAGUGCUCUUAUCAGACGUGAACUUGAUAAACUUGGCAUUUCUUACACAUACCCAGUUGCCAAAACUGGGAUUGUUGCUCAAAUUGGCUCUGGUUCUCCUCCGGUUGUUGCUCUUCGUGCUGACAUGGAUGCACUUCCCUUGCAAGAGCUUGUGGAGUGGGAGCAUAAGAGUAAGGUAGAUGGAAAAAUGCAUGGUUGUGGUCAUGAUGCACAUACCGCUAUGCUUCUUGGUGCUGCUAAGUUGCUUAAUGAAAGGAAACAUAUGCUUAAGGGAACUGUGAGACUUCUUUUCCAGCCAGCGGAGGAGAGAGGUGCUGGUGCAUCACAUAUGAUAAAAGAAGGUGCCCUUGGUGAUGCUGAAGCGAUAUUUGGAAUGCACAUUGAUUACACAAUACCCACUGGAACCAUAGCAUCCUUGUCUGGGCCAGUCUUAGCUGCUGUAUCCUUCUUUCAAGUAAAAAUAGAAGGCAAAGGUGGGCAUGCUGCAGGACCCCAUAAUGCCGUGGAUCCGCUUCUUGCAGCAUCAUUUGCAAUUUUAGCACUGCAGCAGCUCAUCUCGAGAGAACUUGAUCCCCUCCAUAGUCAGGUUUUAUCGAUCACUUUUGUCAGAGGGGGUACUGCCUUGAAUGUAAUUCCAUCAUAUUUUGAAUUUGGUGGCACUUUGAGGAGUCUUACGACUGAGGGCUUACUUCAACUCCAGCAGAGGUUGCAAGAGGUUGUUGAAGGCCAGGCAGCUGUACAUAGAUGUCAUGCGUACAUAGACAUAAACGUAGAAGGUUUUCCCUUCUAUCCUGCUACUAUGAACGAUGAGAAAUUGAAUUUGCACGUUGAGAGGGUCAGUGGACUUAUUUUUGGCCCUGAGAAUGUCAAGAUGGGCGAGAAGGUGAUGGCAGGUGAGGACUUUGCCUUCUAUCAAGAAGUGAUUCCUGGAGUCAUGCUCAGCAUUGGAAUUAGGAAUGAAAACGCGGGUUCAAUUCACUCCCCACACUCACCUUAUUUCUUUCUUGACGAGGAUGUUCUUCCGAUUGGGGCAGCAUUGCACACUGCCCUAGCAGAGAUUUAUCUGAAUGAGCACCAACAAUCUGCUGCACAGGUAGAGAAUGAGACACCAUAAUAGCAUGGAAAAUCAUGAAUAAGUGAAUAGUGCUCCAUGUUUUAAAGUCCCUAUAUUCAGUGACAGAAUAUGUAAACACCAGGGGGAAAAAAACAGUAAUUAAACUCUUGAUUUUGGAUCACCACCCAGUUUCUCUUCCUUUUUCAGCACAGGAGUCGAGGCCAUGCAAGCUGAACACUGUUGAGUUUAAGAAUCUUUUGGCUGGUGGAAAUGUUCCACUUCUAUGAGCCGUUGUUACCAUAUCAAAGAAUUCAAAAUGCACAAAUGAUGUCUUUACUGCUCCGCUAA